AUGGCUGCUUCAUUCGUCCUAUCAGCACUGGCCCUGGCCGGCAUAGCCCAAGCUCACGUAGCCGCAUUCGCCCCUGGCAUGUACUGCCAAAACGGCACAGACCCGAACAACCCGAACCCCAACUCCAACGCGCCAGUGUCCCCGCUGUACAACCUUACUCAAGACCAGUGGUGGUUCCAACACGAUCGAGGCUGCGAUAAAGUGCCCCCUCCACCAGGCGUCUUUCUUGAGCUCCCCGCCGGCGGCUCCUUCAACGUUGACCUCGCCAACAACCAGGCGUUUUCGAAGUUGUCGUGGGACGGAACCAAGACUUCGGAUUGGCCCGAUGGAGGUGACCAUCCCGAAGAUUGGACUGGGUGGACAGGUACGGGCGAAGGGUGUAUUCAAGACUCUGGAUGGAUCCAUACGCAGAACGAGACCUCUGCUCAAGGUACCGCGUUUGCCAUCGCCUACGAGAGCGACCUGAAUAAGAUCACAAUGGAGGACUUGGUCGUCUUCACCACAUUGGAGCACACGCCUUGGAAGCGCUCCGCCACGUACCAGGUUCCCGCUGCGAUGCCUGCCUGCCCAGAAGACGGAUGUACUUGCGCGUGGCUCUGGGUCCCCCGUGGUUGCGGUCAGCCCAAUAUCUACAUGCAAGGCUUCAAGUGUAUGGUCACCGGUGCAACUUCGACCGCUCCCCUUGCAAAGGCCCAACCCCCGGUUAUGUGCGACCAGGACACUUCGAAAUGCGUGAAGGGUGCAAAGCAGAUGAUCGUGUGGAAUCAGUUGACUGGGAACAACGUUGUGACGACGGGUUCGCAGACCCCUGCGUACAAUCUUCGUAACGGGUUUGCGCCAGGACCGCAGGACGAUAUCUUCGAGGAUUCAGCUUCUGCACCUUCCCCGCCAGCAUCGUCGUCUUCUACGCCGCCCUUGUCCGCAAUCUCGUCGGCCUCCAUUUCCAUCACAUCCGUUCCGUCCGCACCAACCCAUGUGCAGUCACCCACCACGCCAAGCUCUGAACCCGUGUUCAGUAUCCUUCCCGUCUCUGAUUCCCCGGUCUCAUCGUCGCGGACGACCUUCUUGACGGCUGUGAAGCCAGCUUCGAUGUCAAGCGGCAUAUCUUCAAUUCCGUCAGUGGCAACUCCGGUUACACCGAUUUCUUCUCUUGGUGGAGGUAGUCCAGCGACUGUGACGGUGACGGUGACGGCCUCACCGACCCACUCCGGACAUCAUUACACAGAUUGCUGGGUUGAUGGUGAUGAGUUGGACAACUAG